GCCAUGGACCAAACGGAAGACGACGCACUUCGCGCGGCACUGGCGCAGGCCGAGCAGUUCAAGAACGACGGGAAUGCGGCCCUGAAGGAGAAGAACUACGCCGAAGCGAUUCGUUUGUACACGUGUGCGCUGGACCUGGACCCUACGAACGCGAUUUACCUGAGCAACCGCAGUGCCGCGCACUUGAGCAACGACUCCAAGACGAAAGCGCUGCGAGAUGCCGAAGCUUGCAUCGAAAGCAAACCGAAUUGGUGGAAGGGAUACAUGCGUAAGGGGGCGGCCGAACACGCGUUGAAUCGAUUUGACAUGGCCAAGCAAACGUACUUCCGCGGGCUGGAAAAGGAUCCUGGCAACACGUCGCUGCAAGAAGCCAUCGAAGCCGUGCAAGUCGCGCACGAAGCAUACUCGUUGCAGCUAAAGAAGGAAAACGCUGAAAAGGAGGCAAUUCGACAGGCACACGAGGCUGAGGCGAAAGCAAAGGCCGACGAAGAAGCGCUCUUGGCGUCGUUCAUGGACGAAGUCGAAGCGCUCGAAGACCAAGCGAACACAGUCAAGAAACCCGAACCAGUCGAGCGCAUCAAACCUCCCGUGGACUUUGGAACGCCGGAGGGUCAGAUCAUUCGGCUCUUGCAGCCGCACUUUGAAUGGAUCAAUUUGAAUCCCUUCCGCGUGCUCAUGCUCGACACGGACGCGACAGACGAAGAGAUCAAGCAGCAUUAUAGAAAGCUGUCGGCGAUGGUCCAUCCAGAUAAAAACCCCGAUCCGCGCGCGCGAGAAGCGUUCGAAGAGAUCAAAAAAGCGCAUGACCAAAUGACCAACGAAGACCGUCGAAAGACUUGUAUGCGCAUGAUCGAGAACGCGAUCGAGGCGGUGGCGGUCGAGCGCAAGCAAAAACUGAAAAAGUUUCGCGUCGACCAACUGCCCGACAUCAACGACCUGAACGAGAAGGCCGUGCUCAAGGCGUUUGCGGACAGCGAAAACCGUCGGCGGAACGUCGAGGCGCGCGAGCUCAAGCAGCGCCGUCGCGAAGUCGAACAGGAGGAGGCCGAGAAGGAAAAGGAAAAAGCAGCGUACCUCCACGACAAGGAGUGGUCCCAGGCUGAACGCCGCGACAAGCGCAUGGCCAACUGGCUUGGCGUCCAGUCGGAUCCGAACAAGAAGGUCAAGACGUUGCCGAAGAACGUCGGGUGGCAGCGCGAGGAGAAAAAAGAGCCCAAGAAGCAUGGCGUGGUCGACGGAAACGAGUACAAGAAGAGCUGGAAAUGACACGGGCAUCGCAUCAAACGAACUUGUUAUUUCAUCGUGUAGUAUGG